CCGGGUUCCCGCGCCCGCCCGGCUCGGCGGGGCUCUGCCGGGGGCCAGCCCGGGACCCGCGCGGUGGCCAGCAUUUGUGAUGUCCUCUUGGCUGAAGAAUCUCCAGCUGCUUUGCUGAUAGCUUAAGACGACUGCAUGCUGUUCCCAGUUGAUGUCCAGCCAGGCCUACUCAGCAGCUCGGAUCUCAGUCCUUCAUGGAGAUCAGCUCACAGCAGGAAUGGCAGCACUGGAAGUUGGCAUCCAGAUGGUUCCUCCAUGUGAAAGGGUCUCAGGCUAUGGACUGACGUGAGAACCAGGCUUGCCCUCUGUCAGUCCCCCUGGGCAGGGCAGCAUGGUGCGGGUUCACAGGAGGAAGCUUCUGGCAUCUUGCCUGUGCAUGACAUCUACUGCCUUUCUGCUGGUCACACUCCAGGUGGUGGUUGAGCUGGGAAAAUUUGAAAGGAAGAAGUUAAAAAGUUUCAGUUUUCAAGAUGAGCGUAAACAUUUGGAAGAAGAGUCUGAACAUGUUGAUCCAUUUGCUAAGAAAGAAGCACUGAGCAUGGAUAAGAAGGACAUGUUGGAAGUCAAGAGCUACCCCAUCAUGCUCUGGUGGUCCCCCCUGACUGGGGAGACUGGAAGGCUUGGCCAGUGUGGUGCAGAUAAGUGCUUCUUCACCAUCAACCGUACCUCCCAGCAUCACCCCAUGACCAAGGCUUUCCUCUUCUAUGGUACUGACUUUAACGUAGAUAGCUUACCUCUGCCUCGGGAAGCUCACCAUGACUGGGCCCUCUUCCACGAGGAGUCCCCGAAAAACAACUAUAAGCUCUUCCAUAAGCCAGUCAUCACCUUGUUCAACUACACAGCUACGUUCAGCAGGCAUUCCCAUCUGCCGCUGACUACCCAAUACUUGGAGGGUGUAGAAGUCCUGAAGUCACUGAAAUACCUUGUUCCAUUGCAGUCCAAAAACAAGCUAAGGAAAAGACUUGCUCCCCUGGUGUAUGUACAGUCAGACUGUGACCCACCAUCCGACAGGGACAGCUACGUUCGAGAGCUGAUGACUUACAUCCAGGUGGAUUCCUAUGGCGAGUGUUUACGAAACAAAGAACUCCCUCAGGAGCUGAGAAGUCCAGCCUCUCUGGAUGCCGAGGGCUUCUAUCGGAUCCUUGCCCAGUAUAAGUUUAUCCUGGCUUUUGAGAAUGCAGUUUGUGAUGACUACAUCACUGAGAAGUUGUGGAGGCCACUGAAACUGGGAGUGGUCCCUGUGUAUUACGGCUCCCCCAGCAUCGCAGACUGGCUUCCCAGUAACCGAAGCGCUAUUCUCGUAUCCGAAUUUGCUCACCCCAGAGAACUAGCAAGUUAUAUCAGACGACUGGAUUAUGAUGACAGAUUGUAUGAGGCCUAUGUAGAAUGGAAGCUCAAGGGGGAGAUCUCCAAUGAGCGACUUCUGACAGCUCUCAGGGACCGGAAAUGGGGAGUACAAGACAUCAACCAGGACAAUUACAUCGAUGCAUUUGAGUGUAUGGUGUGCAGCAAUGUGUGGGAUAACAUUAGGCUGCAAGAAAAGGGCUUACCACCCAAAAAGUGGAAGGCAGAAGUUUCCCACUUGACCUGCCCGGAGCCCGCCCUGUUUGCGUUCUCAUCUCCUGCUCCUCCUCCUCUGCGCGUGCGCUCCUUGCGAGAGAUGUGGAUACCGAGUUUCCAGCAAGCCAAGGAGGAAGCCCAGGCACUCAGAUGGCUCGUUGAUAGGAAUCAAAAUUUUUCCUCUCAAGAGUUUUGGGCCCUAGUGUUCAAAAAUUGAUUUUUAGACGCAUCAGAUAGACACAGCCUAGAGUCAUCUUGAGGUUUAUUUUCUACUUUGCCUUAAUAUUUGGAUGUAAUAGCCAUAUCUUUAUUAUCUUUUCGGAUAAUAAUGAAUUGUUGUAGUUUUUAAAAUAAGCCCUAUCAAAUAAUAGCUAUGAAUUAUCCGCAGAGGGUACCUCUAUUUUUUUAUGCUAAAAAUAAAUAUUUUGUAUGCACACUUGUCAUCUGCAGUUUACUUUUGUACUUCUGUAGAAAUUCAUAUAAUAAAGAGUAUUUUCCUUGGUACAAUGGAGACAGAGGAUCUAUCUGUGGAUUUUUAAUAUUUACUACAUUAGUAGCUAUUUACUUGUGUUUGGCACUCUCAGUGUCUGAAUGCUGAAUAUGAACAUGAAGCACAUUACAACUUGGCAAUGAGAGAUGCCAUCUGUUGGUUUCUAGGAAUUUAAGUAAAAAAAUACUGUCUUAAGCUACUUUUUGAAGUCAAAAGGAUAUAUGAAUGUCUACCUUUCUCUCUAUACCCAUCGCCACCUCUCUAACCAGUUUUAUACUUGCCAUAUCUAAUGGCCUCCUCCUGUUUCCCUUCCAAAGUGAAAUGUCUUGUAAAAGGCAACUUCCUAUAUUGAUUUGAUCAGUGAAGUGUCACCAAUUGUUCCUUAUAAGUGCUGAGAAUAAUAAAUAAGAAGAAUUACCUAGUUCAUGUUAGAGAGCUCG